CUUGAGAGUCACGCAGCGAAUAGUAACCAUGCCGAGGUCAUUUUUGGUGAAGAGUAAACGGGCACAUAACUACCACCAACCCCGAUACCUGGAUGAUGAGUACAUAAGACUGGAUACUAAUGUAUCCCUUAUAUGCGCAGGUGCGUCCAUUUAUGAUGCUGCAGAUGCUCAUAACCAUGGCAAGCGCUCCCUCGAGUCCUAUCUAGUGCGCACGGCUGACCUGUUCUCCACCUCCCGGUUGAGCUGCGAGGGCAACGUGUGCGACCGCUUCCCGGACUAUGACUACCACUGGCGCCCUCCAUCUCCAUCACAAGAUUCGGAACAAUGUUUCACUCCGUCAGUAGACAACGCUCACCCUUUCGCCAUUCCAUUCCGCCCUUAUGCAUGGUCUACCUACUCUGGUUCCAAGCUCAGGCACCUUGUGCAGCGAACAUACCAACACAAUCUCUCCACAACUCUGGAGCCUGACACACAGAUGGGUAUCGAUGGAUCCGAGGAUGGUGCCUCCAACUCCCCCAUUUACGCACAGCGGGGGCCGCACACAGGAUUUUACCGGGACUUAGGGUCUACGGUGUUCCCUACCUAUAAAAUGUGGGACGCCGACCAAUUAUACUCGGACCUCAAGGUCUCUAAAAUCAAGUCUGAAUCCGAUCUCAUCUGUUCCCGUAUAGAACCAAGCAGAUCGUACAAAUGCAUUAAGUGUUGCAAGGUCUUCUCGACACCGCACGGGUUGGAAGUUCACGUCCGUCGGUCGCACAGCGGAGCACGACCCUUCACCUGUGGAAUGUGUUGGAAAACAUUUGGGCACGCAGUGAGCUUGGAACAACAUAAAGCCGUUCACUCACAGGAGAGGAGCUUCGACUGCAAAAUCUGUUGCAAAAGCUUCAAGCGAUCGUCCACGCUGUCCACGCACCUGCUCAUCCACUCGGACACGCGCCCCUACCCCUGUCAGUACUGCGGUAAGAGAUUCCAUCAGAAGUCGGACAUGAAGAAACACACCUUCAUCCAUACAGGUGAGAAACCGCACAAGUGCCAGGUAUGCGGGAAGGCCUUCAGUCAGAGCUCCAACCUCAUCACGCACAGCCGCAAGCACACGGGCUAUAAACCGUUCUGCUGCGACCUCUGUGUCAAGGGAUUCCAACGGAAAGUGGAUCUGAGGAGGCACAAGGAUACACAACAUGGAUUUAAAUGAUAAACUGAACAGCAAAAAUUGUGUGGAGGAUACUAGUAUUGUUAAUAGGUCAAAUUGUCUUUAACAUUUUACACAACAUAAAAUACACGAUUUAGAAGUGUUGGUUGUGAUGCCCAACUAGGCCUAUUUAUAGUUGUGCUUAAUAAUUUUUCUUGUAUUCUUCCCUAGCAGAAAAAAACGAUUAAAUGCAAUACUACUCAGCAAUUUAAUGCCUAUUAGGCUAUUUGUGAAAAUGUCAUAUCAAUGCCCAUUCUAUUCCAGCUUAAAUUAUAACACUGUCACGCUAUAAUUUUUAGUGUGUAACAAAAUCCAAUAUACAAUUUUAAUGGCCCCUUAUCUUUUGUAAAACAUAAAAGGGCUUAAGUUCAAAAGUGCAGGAAUCUAAACCAAACAUGCUAAAAUAUGUAUAUUCUUAAUAAAUAGUAGGCCUGUCAGUGAGUUGAAUGAAGGUGGUGCAGUGGAAUUGUCAAAACCUUCUGUAUCAACACAUUCUUGAAAUAAACAACGGGGGAAAAAUGAAUAAACUCACACCAACAAAAUGAACAUGUUUUACUCAAGGCCUAAAAGCAAAAUGCUUCAGAACUACUAGGAUAUGUCUGUAUGAUCCUAAAAUGUUUGAAUCAAAUAAAAUGA